AUGCUAGCCAGUCUCAGCAGCGGAGGUGGGGAACUCAGCUUCCUGGGCCUGACACAUUACUAUGGGCACUUUGCACUUGCUUCGUGGGGCUCGGGAACUGGAGGCGCUGGGCUUGUAGGUGCUGGCGCAUAUGCGAUUGCGACCAACACGCUUGGCAUAACCCCUCGCACAAGUCUGCUGGUGUUUUCCUUCCUGCCUUUGAUCAUGGUCUUGAGCUUCUUCUUCAUCCUCCCACUUGGUCCCCUCCGAGCUGGUAGCAAAGAAGCUGGCUAUGAGGCUAUAGAUGACGAGGAAGUGGAAAUAGACGCAGACGAAGACGAGCAAACACAGGCUAGAGAGCAUGAUGACCUACUUGCUACUUCCAUGCAUUCGACCUCAGGCCGCAGCUUCACUCCUGCCAGUACAAAGCCUGCUAACGGCGCGCUCAGUAGCUUUAGAGCAAACUUGAACCGUGCAAGGGGCUUGUUCUUUCCCUAUAUGCUACCCCUCCUCCUCGUCUACAUUGCCGAAUACACAAUCAACCAAGGCGUUGCACCCACCCUGCUCUUCCCCCUCGAGUCCUCCCCUUUCGACGAAUACCGUUCUUUUUACAGCACCUACAACGCAAUCUACCAAGUCGGUGUCUUCAUCUCGCGCUCCUCCACACCCUUUAUACGCAUACACCAUCUCUACGUCCCGUCCUUUCUCCAAGUCGCUAAUCUCAUCCUACUCGCACUCCACGCCAUGUUCGACUUUAUACCAAGCUACUACAUUGUCUGCGUCGUCAUCUUCUGGGAAGGUUUACUGGGCGGAUUGGUAUAUGUCAGCACGUUUGCAGAAAUUACAGAUAACGUACCCAAGGAGGAUAGAGAGUUCAGUUUGGGCGCGACAAGUGUGAGUGACUCGGCUGGUAUCUGUAUAGCUGGUUUCUUGGGCAUGGUCGUCGAGGUGAGCCUUUGUCGCUGGCAAGUAGAUCAUGGCAGGAACUAUUGUAAGCUACAGUGA